AUGGCUUCUAGUCCAGAACUCAUUGAGUCAGUUCUUGGGGAUCGAGAUGUUCUCUUUUUCGGGGUAAGCGGUGAUGAUUUAUGUCUCAUUGGGCCAACAGAUCCUCAGUUGUUGGUGUUGGGUGUUUUCGUGAUGGAGUUGGACUACUCGAAAUGGAACUUUAAAUAUAAUCUCGACCUUUCUCCUCUGACAAAUUUGUAUCCCUCAAUGGUAGAUAUUGAGGAAACAGAUGAUGGUGAUCUUCUAUUCACAUUCUCCGUGUUUAGUUGCGUUGCCAACAAGAAGAAUAGUAAACCCGAGUUGCUGAUAUCGAUCCCAAGUAAAAUCAUUUCCUGUGAUCUGCAGGAAAUGAUUGUCAAAGAGAUUGCUGAAGUUGAUGCGGAGGAAACUUAUGAUGAUAGUUAUUGGUGGAGUUUGUCCAGAUUUCGAUGGUGGCAAGCUUUUGAACAUGUUGAGACUUUUGCUUCUGUUUGA